AUGGGCAACGAAGACAGCCUGGAGGAUGCUUUCGUGGCUGUCGUUCGCCCGAAAAGUCAAGUCAGUUUGAGCUCCAAGGAGUACAGAGCCAAAGCUUAUGAGAUUCUACUGAUUGAAGUGCCUUUGGAAGGAAAGGAGAAAAAACGAAAGAAAGUUCUGUUGGCGACAAAGAUCCAGUCUGGAGGUGACAAGUCCAAGUCUAUUUUGGAUUAUGUCGAUGAAACUGUGAAAACAAUGGCCAACACUCAAGGCUUCGUAGCAAAGAGAGUGGUGUAUAUGAAGAAAUUCACCCUCGACGGAGAGAAUGAAGGACGUGAGGCUUCUUUAUUUGUAGUUCCGGCCAGUGUUAAAGAUAAUACCAAACCUGUUUACAAUGCUGGGAGCCCAAACUUCUACUGCUUCCAGGACAUGAUGAGGGUCUGCAGCGAGACCAGCGCACACCUCGGCACAACCACCUCCAGGAUGCUCCUCGCUUUAGACAAGUGGUUAGCAGAGCAGCACACAGUACCUCACGCCAUCCCAGCUUUGUUUCGACCGGCACCACUGGAGCGGGUGAAGACUAGCGUGAAUAACCCGGCCUAUGGUAACGACGGCAGCAAGCUGAGUGAGGAGGGUCUGCACAUGGGAUACACCGCUCUGGAGAUCAAGAGUAAAAUGAUGUCUCUGGAAAAGGCCGAAAUGUGCAUCCACAACCCUCUGUACGGCUCCGACCUGCAGUACACCAACAGGGUAGACAAAGUCAUUAUUAAUCCAUAUUUCGGACUUGGAGCUCCCGAUUACUCCAAGAUCCAAAUCCCCACAAGAGAGAAGUGGCCCCACCCCAACUGCGUGUCAGAAGACAAAGACCGUCAGUGGGUGGAUGACUUCCCCCUCCAUCGCAGCGCCUGUGAGGGAGACACAGCGCUCCUUUUAAAACUUAUAGACAGUGGAUUUUCAGUCAAGCAGCUCGACAGCGACCACUGGGCCCCGAUUCACUAUGCAUGCUGGCAUGGGAAAGCUGAAGCCACCAAACUUCUGCUGGAAAAGGGAAACUGCAAUCCGAAUCUUCUGAACGGUCAGCUCAGCUCCCCUCUGCACUUCGCUGCCAGAGGAGGCCACGCUGAGAUCGUUCAGCUGCUCCUGCAACACACCGAGAUCGACCGGCACAUAGAAGACCAGCAGAAGAAGACGCCUCUUCAAGUGUGUGAGGAGAACAAACAGAAUGAAUGGGAAGAAACUGUGAAACUGCUGCAGCAAGCCGUCACCAAACCUUACGAGAAAGUGCGCAUCUAUCGCAUGGACGGCUCGUAUCGAUCGGUGGAGCUCAAACACGGGAACAACACCACAGUGCAGCAGAUCAUGGAAGGGAUGAGGCUUUCCCCAGAAACACAGCAGUACUUCACCAUCUGGAUCUGCUCCGAGAAUCUGCAUCUGCAGUUGAAGCCGUACCACAAGCCGCUGCAGCACCUCCGCAUCUGGAGCGAGAUCGUGAACGACCUCACGGUGCUCGACCCCCAACGAGAGGCGCCUCAGCUGUUCCUGCGUCGGGACGUCCGGCUGCCGCUGGACGCAGAGAAAAAGGUGGAGGAUCCAUUGGCCAUUCUCAUCCUGUUUGACGAGGCUCGGCACAGUUUUUUAAAAGGUUUUUAUCCGGCUCCGGACAGCAAACUGAUCACACUGGCCAGUCUCCUGCUGCAGAUCAUCUACGGGAACUAUGAGAGCAAGAAGCACAAGCAAGGAUUCCUCAAUGAGGAAAAUCUGAAAUCCAUUGUGCCGAUUUCUAAAGUUAAAAGCAAAGCCUAUCACUGGACCAACCGGAUCCUCCACGAGUACAAGGCUCUGAGCACGAGUGAAGGAGUGAGCAAAGAGAUGCAUCACCUGCAGCGGCUCUUCCUGCAGAGCUGCUGGGACGUCCCCUCGUACGGCGCCGCCUUCUUCACCGGACAGGUCUACACCAAGGCCAGCGCCAGCAGCCACAAGUGCAUCCGUGUCUACGUGGGCGUCAACACCAAAGGCCUGCACCUCAUGAACAUGGAGACUAAGGUGCUGCUGAUCAGUUUAGAAUAUGGAACCUUCAUGUGGCAGCUGGGACACGCAGACCAGUAUUUUCAGAUUCACAGCGGAGAAAACAAAAUGAACUUCAUAGUGCACACAAAACAGGCCGGUCUUAUCGUGAAGCUCCUCAUGAAGCUCAGUGGACAGAUGACCACCAACGAUAAAACCCAGACUUCAGAUAAAUACACUUUUGGUUAA